GAGCUGCCGCCCCGUCCAGGACAGCACGACCUCCCCAGGAGCCACACCCGGAGCAAGCGAGCGAGUGUCGAGGCGCAGGGAAAAUGGCAGACAGCUUUUCGCUUAAUGAUGCCAUAUCUGGGUCUGGGAACCCCAACCCUCAAGGAUGGCCCGGUCCAUGGGGAAACCCGCCUGCUGGGGCAGGAGGCUACCCGGGGGCUGCCUAUCCCGGGACCUACCCCGGGCAGGCACCUCCUGCUGCCUACCCCGGGCAGGCACCUCCUGCCUCCUACCCCGGACAGGCACCUCCUGGCGCCUACCCCGGACAGGCACCUCCUGCCUCCUACCCCGGACAGGCACCUCCUGCCUCCUACCCUGGACAGGCACCUCCUGCCUCCUACCCUGGACAGGCACCUCCUGGCGCCUACCCUGGCCCUACAGCACCUGCUUAUCCCGGACCAAAUGCCCCAGGAGCCUACCCCGGACAACCAAGUGGGCCUGCGGCCUACCCUGGUGCCGGCCCCGCUGACAUCCCUGCUGGACCACUGACUGUGCCUUAUGAAAUGGCUUUCCCUACAGGAGUGAUGCCUCGCAUGCUGAUAACAGUUAUGGGUAUAAUAAAACUCAAUGCAAACAGUCUUGUUUUAGAUUUCAAGAGAGGGAAUGAUGUGGCCUUCCACUUUAACCCACGCUUCAAUGAGAACAACAAGAGAGUCAUUGUUUGCAAUUCAAACGUGAAUAAUAACUGGGGACAAGAAGAAAGACAGACAAUUUUCCCAUUUGAAAGUGGUAAACCAUUCAAAAUCCAAGUACUGGUUGAAUUGGACCACUUCAAGGUUGCGGUCAAUGAUGCUCACUUGUUGCAGUACAAUCACCGGGUGAAAAAUCUCAGUGAAAUCAAAGCAUUGGGAGUUAGUGGUGACAUCAAUCUCAAUAGUGUUUCACACACUAUGAUAUAAUCUUAAAGGGGCAGAUAUUCUUUUAAAAAAUAAAAACGAAUGUAAACCUUACCCAUUUAAAAGUUUCAUGCUCACUGUAAGUGAAAAAUUUUGCCUUUAUUCAACAACGUCCUUCUUAUAAAUCAUCCAUUUAAUAAAUAUUCUAAGAGUUAA